AUGUCACCUACAAUAAGAGAUGGAAUUCCACCCUUGAACAAUGCUAAAGAUUUCCUUGAGACCAUCAGCCUAAAAUUCAAGGAAUCUGAGAAGGCAGAGAUGGGAUUUCGGAUCAAGAAACUAACAGAUAUGAGAUAUGAAGGAGAUGGCUGUGUAAGAACAUAUAUUCUGGACAUGAUGGGUAUUGGCAUGAAACUAAGAAACCUUGGUGCCUAUAUAGAUGACAGCAUGCUGAUAUAUUUAGCACUUAAUUCACUGCCAAAUGACUUCAAUGGAGCAACUAUACAUGUUUCUAAUUCCUUGCAAGGAUUCACAACCAAGAGGGUGCCAACUAAGGAUGAAAUAAAAGCGUAUGUCGGCAAUGGAAUUCAAGUGAAGCUGGAGUUCAUUGGAGACAUCAAGAUUAGAUUAGAGUCUGGUUUUAUUUUGGAUUUGAUAGAUGUGGUUUAUGUUCUUGCUAUGACAAGGAACUGA